UUCCUCAUAGGUGCGGAUGCAAAGAUGGCGGAAGAGGAGAGCCAGUUUGAAGAAUUUGAGCAAAUAGACUUUUUAAGAGAUAGACAUGUACGCUUCUUCCAGAGAACACUUCAGGUGUUACCCGAGAGGUACGCCUCGCUGGAAACAACCAGGUUAACCAUCAUUUUCUUUGCCUUGUCUGGUCUGGAUGUGCUCGACGCUCUGGAUGUGAUUGAUAGAAAUUUAAUGAUAGAGUGGAUCUACUCACUACAGGUUUUGCCCACAGAGGACCAAUCAAACCUAAGUCGUUGUGGGUUUCGAGGAUCGUCACAUAUUGGAGUUCCUUACAGCACUCAGGGUCCAGGUGUACUCCAUCCGUAUGACAGUGGCCAUGUAGCCAUGACCUACACUGGGCUGUGCUCGCUGCUAAUUCUGGGAGACGACCUGAGCCGGGUUAACAAACAGGCCUGUCUGGCUGGUCUCAGAGCACUGCAGCUGGAAGACGGCAGUUUCUACGCAGUCCCAGAAGGAAGCGAAAAUGAUAUACGGUUUAUCUACUGCGCAGCCAGUAUCUGUUACAUGCUGGACGACUGGUCAGGCAUGGACAUCCAGAAAGCCAUUGAGUACAUCAGAGGAAGUUUGUCGUACGACAACGGGUUUGGCCAGGGAGCUGGGCGAGAGUCACAUGGUGGCUGGACGUACUGCGCAAUAGCCUCCCUGUGUCUGAUGGGGCGACUGGAGGAGGCACUGAGUCAACGGGAGCUGGACAGGAUCCGGCGCUGGUGUAUCAUGAGACAGCAGAACGGUUUCCACGGGCGGCCCAACAAACCUGUAGACACAUGCUACUCCUUUUGGGUUGGAGCUACACUAGAGCUGUUAGAAGUUUUCCAGUAUACGAACUUCGACAAGAACAGGAGCUUCAUCCUUUCCACGCAGGAUCGGCUGGUGGGAGGAUUUGCCAAGUGGCCCGACAGCCAUCCAGACCCUCUCCAUGCCUACUUAGGACUGUGUGGUCUGUCUCUGAUCGGGGAGCCCAAUCUAAGGAAGGUCCACGCAGCUCUUAACAUCACCCAGAGAGCCUUUCAGCACCUCCAGCAGCUGCAGCAGACAUGGAGGGACAGCACCGGCAGCUGCAGCAGACAGCAUUGACAGCAGGACGAUCCACCGCUCUGUCUCUGAACAGGUUCAGUAACAGUAGUCAGUCAAAUGGACUUGUGCCCUGUGUCUUUAAGACGCUUGGCCCCUAAUCUGAAGAGAGGCCUCCUCAUAUCAGAGUUAGGAAGGUUUUUUUUUUUUUUUUUUAAGACUCCAGUUGCACAAUAGUAACUUCGGAGGAGCUCAUUUUAAGUCCAUCUAAAGUGACUUUUCUGCUAAGCAAUAUGCCACACUUUUUUUUUUGCUGCCUUUUUAUUAGUCACAGUAGUAAAUAACAAUGUGCUUUGUGGUUUGCGGGAGUAAAAUUAUGUGCCAGAAAUUCACAUUUGAAUCGGUUGAAGACUUGAAGAAAUUUUGAUGCCUCAAUUUUGCAAACUUUGCAAAUUAUGUUUUGGAAGCUUCCUGCACCUUUAGCCUCAUCGUCAUUGGUCAACAACAUCAUCUGCUGUAAACCUUCUUAGCCAACCAGGAACACUCCUCACUCUCUUCACGUGGGCAUAAGAAACCUCCUCAAAAUAAAUAUUCUUAAUCUGAGAAGGAACCCCGAGGAGGGCUUCGGGAACUUCAAAAUUGUGUCUUUUAAACGGUUCUGGAGUAACUGGCUUCAGUCGUCGCUGAAAGUCUUUGAAUGAGCUGGUCUAAUUUUAGAUUAACAUCCCUGCAUUCACGGACAAACACUAUUCUUCCUGUGCAGUAUUUCUUACCCUUCUAACAUCUCCACCCCUGUGUUGCUCUCGAACCUCUCCAAACCCUCGGGCUCUCAAGUCCCAAAGGUGAUACCAGCCUGGCAGGUAAACUCUCCUGUGUUUCUCGGCUCCCUUCAGUUUCACCACUGCGGGCUUUGUUCAGCGAUCAAGAGAGAUUUUAAAUGAUAAUAGAACUGCUGGGGUGAAGUUCAUGGGGAAGUCAGCCAACAAACGCCCUACAAGGCAUGUGUAUGACUGAUUAUCCAGAAAGGAGUUCAGUUUUCUUGAGGCUAAAAACAGAUAAAGCCUCUUAAGGGAAUUUGGUAUGAAGAGGGGAAAAUCCAUUCUCUCUAGUAGAUGUCAGUUUUAGCAACAGAUUCCGUCCCGGCAUCCCCCGACUCCUUAACCCUGAACCGAUCUGAGGUACCUGCCUUCACCAGUUUCCAUACUCCCUGCAAGGCACAGGCCAGCCUGAAAUCAAUAGGAGAAAGAUGAGACGGUGGCAUCAUAACUUGGGGAAAUGUAUUCCUUUUGAACAGAGCUGGGGUUUGACUUUUUAGUACAGAGAGGACGCAGGGCAAAAACGAAGAACAAUGCACAUGAGCAGACUGUGCCACAGAGCCAGAUUACAGAAACAAUGUCCUAAAAUGUUGACUUCCACCAACACUAUGAGCACCAUCUAUUGUUUGCAAUAGACAGCUCAUGUCAGCCCAUAUAAACAACCUCCCAGCCUUCUUCCCUUUGUGCUAAGCACAAGAAAUUUGAGAUUUAUGGCCCAAACAUGGUGAUACACGGGCACUAAAAUUCUGAAUUAAGCUCAACCUGUUCCUCUUUCCUUCCCAUCACAUCAAUGCUCUUGAUUCCCAGCAAGCUACAUAUCCUCCUGUCGAAGCCACGCCCUUUCAUUAUAAGACCGCUUGUCACAUCAAAACACCCGCUCCCCGACGAGCGAGGAAGACACAAUAUCACAGCAGGGUCAGAUACACAGUGGCCUGCGUGUCUGCCACAUGUUACCUGCGGGAGUCUACUGUGCGUAGACUAGAUAUAAAAAUAAUACGGCCUCUGUGGUUUGUCCUUCCGCCGCCUAAAAUGAAGCUGUACCUGGCCCUCAUCUCCGUUCCCGCCAAGUUGCCCUCGUUUUCCGACUUAGAAAGCAGAGCAGGCAGACAGACAGAGGAAAGGAGAGGAGGAGAGGUGAAUGAAUAAAUAAAUCAUUUUCCAUCUAUUAUUAAACGUAAACUGUCGGAGGCUCCUCUCUGAACCCCAAACAACCCUCCACCCCCCCAGUGUUAUAUAGCCUUGCUUUGGUGCAAAAACUAUUUCUUUUUAGCCAACUGUGUCCUCUAUUGUUACUGUAUUGUACUGUUUUAUGUUCCUGUUUUGCCUAAGACGAGAAGCUUUGCUACCUGUACUCUUGCUGAUCUUGUCGACUUUUCUUUUGCCAUUUUUAUUGUUUUCUUUUACAUUUUGUUAAUUAGCAGAAAAUAGUUUUUAAUUAUUUCACCUCUAAGAAAGUUCAGAUAUGACUUUUAUUGUCGCUGCUGAAUUGAGCCUCGGACACAAAUCCUGUGAUAAUUCAUCAUAUAUAUAUAUAUAUAUCAUAUUUAAACUUAGUUCUGAAAAGUUAAUCUAAGUGUGAAAGAUGCACUGAAAGAAAAGGUCGCCCACACGUCCUCUGAAGUGACUUUUACUACUUACACAACCUCCGUCAGCUGGGUUUUUGUCCUUACCGCAAACAGGCCAAGUCACGAAGCAAAACUACUCACUCAAACUUGACUGAAAUGUGCCUCUAUGUUGCAUUGUCUCGGGUCACUGCUCUCUGAAUGCUAUCUACAUGUACAACAUGCUUAAAUUGGGCUUAGCUUGGCUGUUUCUAUCAAGAAAGGCAGUGAAUAUAAGUGUCCUCUUGAGGGGAUGGAGGAAAGGUGUAUCCCAAAUCCUUGUAAACAUUCAGGAACGCCUACUUUGUAAACGAUUUGUCCUCCUCCCUUCUUUGUACAGUUCAUUUAUCCAAUCAUGCAUAAGCUUGACUGGCAGAGGUCAUUUUUACCAGUGUUGGGCUCUGUCACUUCACGUCUGGUCGAUUAUGCAUUCAUUGAGACAGAACCCAGAAAUGCUUACUCCACUUUUAAAAGGAUGAAAGAUUGGAUGGAUGGAUCUGCCACUUACUGCAGAUGAAAGGCUGCAUCUCAGUUGUUAUUACAUUGCGUCUUUUUUUUGCUACAUCACGCUGCAGUCGAUGUCGUCAGUCCCACAGCAUGAAAACAUGGGACGAUGGCGUCACGCUUCUAGGACCGCUGCAGUAAAAGCUGUUUGGACUGUCCAGACAUGUCAGAAUCUUGUGAAAUGCGGCCAAAAUACCACAAAUGGCCAAUCUUGAUCCCUUGAUUAUCAAAAAUAUACAUAAUGUAAUGAUAAAUAAAUGUAAUGGAAUUUAUUUUUUCUAUGCUUUGUAGAAAUAUUGAGUGUAGAUAAAUAUGUAAAUGUCUAUAAAUAUGUGACUUCUAUUGUGCAAGUGCUCAAGAUGAUUAAAAAAAAUGUUUACAGCUACAUCAGAGACAGUUAAGGGAAUUGGAUAUGCAAAUGUUGGUAUGUGAUGUAUUAUAGUACUUCAGCUUUGAAUUUGAGGACAGUAAUGUUGGUUCUAGCUUGGCGGUGCAUAUUGUAUUUAUGUUGAAUAAAAACACGUACUAACUUUUA